UUGCCGGGCUACGGGUAGCUGCACUGUGAUUGGUGGGCGGGACGUUUACCCGUUGCCAUGGAGAUAUUGAUACUUUAAAAGAAAAAAAGAAACUUUCCGGAUGGCGUCCCGGGGAAAGGUGAAGUCCUCGCACCCCGGGACCCCCAAUGACGGACGCCUCAGUGUCAAGGUCCGCCUGCUGGAGACCGGGGAGAACUUCUCGGUAACCGGGUGCAGCCAGCGUACGGAGAUCGGAAAACUGAAGGAGAAGCUGGAGCUGGUGGCCGGGAUCCCUAAAAAGCUCCAGUCACUGUCCUACUUGGAUGAUGGGGACAUGCCUGAUAAAUCCACAUUGGAGUUCAAUGGGAUUAUUCCUGGAGGAAAGCUAUCUCUGCGCGUCUGGCCAUAUGAAGGGAUGAGCGAUCUGAUAACGUUUGCAGCGACAGGAGACUUACUAAAGCUGAAAACUGUCGGGAUCACCCCAGAUUCUUCAUUCAACACUGCAAAUUCCUUGCGUUUCAAUGCAGAACAGAAGAAGGAGUGGUUGGCGUCUCGAGCGGGUCUAGCCUUGUAUGUCGCAGCUCACCGUGGCCACCUGCAUGUGAUGCGAUUCCUUUUACGAAAUGGUUGCAAUGUGCAGUGGAAGACCUGUCUUGGAAACUCUGGUCUACAUGUGGCAGCAGCCAUGGGUAACUUUGACUGCGUGAACGAACUCUUAGCCAAUGGAGCCCGGACACAAGACACCAACGAGAAAGGGCAGACUGCACUGGACGUGUCUCAAUUGUGGGGCCAAAAGAAGGUGGCGCGGAGGCUUUUCCUUUUCUUUUGGGAAGAGAGAACGGCCAAUGUGAAAGUCAAGACUCAUCUUGACCCAUCUGAACUUUUCGCUCAUCAAAGACAUGACUCAAAACUGAAGACUUGGUGGAAAGGGUCUUAUGCCACACAUUACAUGGCUAAUCUAACCCAGUUUUCAGAUUUUCAUGGGUCGCACUUCGGUGCAACCCCAAAAAAGGCUCCAGUCAAGAGGAUACAGAAGAAGGCAAAUGCAUAAGUUCAUAGCCAUAGGUCUAACGUGAGACAAACAUCCAGAGGAUUAUAGGUGUAUAUAGGUCGAUGACCUCACCAUGCCUGUACUUUAGUUUUUUUUUUAUACCCGUCUACCUACUCAAUGACUUCUCACCAGUCUACCUACUCAAUGACUUCUCACCAGUCUACCUACUCAAUGACUCCUCACCAGUCUACCUACUCAAUGACUCCUCACCAGUCUACCUACUCAAUGACUCCUCACCAGUUAUAC